AUGUCAGUAUUUGAAGCAAUAAAUACAGAAAUUGGAGGUUCCGAAAAGUUUUGGAAGUUUGAUCAGAGGCAGAACUUUCAAGAGACCUUUAAAAAUAAAGUAUAUCAGAAAUCAAAAUCAGGAAUCCUUAAAGAAGUCAAUCUUUCAUUAUGUCAGAACUACCUGGUUAAGGUCGGACCUAAUUCAGUAAAUAAAAAAACAUUAUUGGAUUGAAAAAUCGUUGAGCCUUUUAUAGAAGACAAUGGGCAAAAUGCUAGAUUUGGGUUUUCAAUAGGCCAUCUAAGCUGAUCUAAAGAUUUUUAUGUAGAAAACCAAGAAACGCUCGAUACCUGAAUCCAGCAUUUAUCCACAGUUGGUAUCAUGAUGGACUUCGAAAAUGAUUUCUCUAUUAUAAAAGAGCUGGGUAACGGUGCCUUUGGAACUGUAUAUCUAGCAGAAAGCAAUGACACUGCUGAGUUGUAUGCGGUGAAAUCAAUCAGCAAACAUGAUAUAACGGCUAAUCCAGCAAACCUUGCAAAUCUUAUCAAUGAAAUAAAAUUUAUGAGAAAAUUAGACCAUCCAAAUAUAGUGAAGCUUCACUAUGUCUAUGAAAAUCAAACAAAUAUUUACUUGGUUAUUGACUAUGUAGGAGGUGGUGAUUUAUUCAAAAGAAUAAUAAAAAGAAAAGUCUACAGUGAAGAACACAUUGCAAAAUUUGCUCAAAAGCUGCUGGAUGUAUUAAUUUAUUUGAACUCAUUUAACAUUGUUCAUAGAGACUUGAAGCUUGAAAACAUUUUGAUGGUUUCUGAAGAGAACGACUAUGAUUUCAAGCUAACAGACUUUGGCCUGGCAGCUGAAGCCACAGAGGGUCUUAGUCUUCGAUGUGGAUCUCCAGGAUACAUAGCUCCUGAAAUUUUAAGAAAAAACUUAUACGAUUCAAAAGUCGAUGUUUUUAGUGCAGGGGUGAUUUUUUAUAUACUAUUUUCUGGGAGAAUGCCAUUCCCAGGUAGAAAUGCACAAGAAAUAUUAUUAAGAAAUCGGGACUGCAAAAUUUCUUUUUUACAUCAGCAAAAUCUUUCAAAACUUGCAAUGACUUUUAUUUUGAGAUUGACUGAGCCAAUUGCAAACCUUAGGCCUUCUGUAAAAGAAGCUUUGAAUGAUCCUUGGUUUGAAAAACAAUUAAAUUCCGCAGCUUCUCAGAACCAUUUGGUUUCAAAAAUAGGUAAAUUCCAAGCUUGCCGUAAGAUAAUGGGAAAUAUAUCUUAA